AUGAAUCUUUCAGGAUUCUCUAAUUAUCGUGGUGGGAAAGGAAUGGGUGGUCUGUCAAAUGAUUUAAAUGAACCUCGUGUAAUCGUCAUGAAAGAUCGUUUGGGAGAUGGGAAUACAGAUGUUCAAAGUUUGCCUACUACAAAUCCAGCAACUAUCUUAACAUCAGUGAAACGAAGUGUUUGUGAAUCGUCUAAAGCCGAAGGUGAAGUAGUCAAUGAAGAUGUUAUGAAUUUAGUUAGCGGAUCAGUCGGAGCAGAUAACGUAAUGAGUACUAAUUCAACUUCUGCUUCAACUAAAAAGUCUCAUGUUAAAAAGAAAAUCUGCAUUUACGAAUUGAGGAGAAGUUAA